AUGGAAUACAGAAGAAGUUCGAUGGUUAUGAACCGAAAACAACAGGCUAGUACAAACCCUCAGAUAUAUGCUAGUUUCGCCGGUGCUGGUGUCCCCCGGACCUCAAAUGGGAUUUUGGACGACAUGCCUACAAUGUGGUGGGAUGAGGAAAGAAUUCACGCCACCGUUACACGACAAUUUGUUUCAUCAAAAUUGCAUCCAGACGAGCAAGAGCGUCUGGAUGAGCCAUUGGGUUUCGGUGAUGGCUUGACCGAUGACACAUACAUGGAAUGGAUUGAAGAGAAGGCGAAAAAGAUAUUCUUGAUCUUGGUGGAGCUGGGUGUGCCUGAUCAAAUAUUUGGAGUCAUUGAUGAUUCAUGGGGCGAUGAUGAUCUACCGAUACCGAUGGACCAAGUUGAAAGACUACAAUUGACCUACGAUCGAAACGAAAAGCUAGAGAAGAAGUUUUUCCAGCGUCAAUUCAACUAUCUCCUAAGAUAUGUCGCUAAAGGCGAACAUAUAUACUACGAUGAUGUAGAAGUCGUACCGCUAGAGCCAGUCGAAAAAAGAGCCGCUGGAACAGAUAAGGGCUACCUACUCUUGACUCCAGCAAACGCCAAUUCGCUCAAAUCCUUUCUCACCAUUAUACCUCAAUCCUUCAAAAUCCUAGCUAAGCAGGACCGCCGUGUUCUUAUUUUGAAUUGGCUUCACUGUCUGGCUGGAGCUGUGUCAUUUCUUCAUAGCAAAGGUCUUUCGCAUCGUAACAUCAAGCCCUCAAAUAUCAUGCUCGACCUUGACAAUCACAUCUUUCUGGGAGAUUCGGGCGUCUUCACUACACAUGUCCCUAUCGAGGAAAAAAGUGGCUUUGAUAAAGAGGCCUAUGAUUACUCCGCCCCGGAACAGAACCAUUAUACGGCAACCUCCACUUCUAGCCUGCCCAAUACCCGGUCGGUAUCGUCGCGUCCACCGGCAUCUAGCAGGUCAGCCUGUGUCCCUACUGAUUUUUUAUUUCAAAUCCCUACAAUGCCAUUGUCAAAUGAUUCAUCAUCUGUUCAUACAGUCUCGACUGGUUCGCGAUCAGAAGGCUCAGGUCCAAGCCACAUUGGAAGAGACAGCAGAGCUGGUAGACACGAUCCACAGAAGGCCGAUGUAUUUGCUUUAGGGGCUAUCUUCACCGAAAUCAUCACAUUUCUUAUGAAGCGAUCGACGAGGAAUUUUGCCUCGCAUCGAUCGUCCAAGCACAAGACCUCGGGUCAUGGUGGCGGAGUUCCAGAUUCAAGCUUUCAUAAGAACCUGGGACAAGUAGAUAGCUGGAUGAAUACACUUCUCAAAGAUGCCACAAAGAAGGAAGACAAGAUCUUUCGAGGUGUUUCUCAAUUAAUCGCACUUUUCCAACGAAUGCUCUCACCCGAACCAAACGAUAGGCCAUCAGCAAGCGAAAUUCAGGAGAGAAUCUACGCCAUAUUGACAGAGAAUUGUGGCUUAAGAGAUAAUCCUGGAGGCAAUAACUCAGAAAGAGGAGAGAUACAUUGCGGAACCCGAAUCACAGAAGACCAGUGGAACUUUGGCUUUGACCAACUGCGCCUCGCAAGCCAAAGAGCCGCGGCAGAAGCAUGUGCUUCCGUCGCCGGGGAUACGAUGGCAAACCUCCCGCUUGGUAACGGAGGUGUAAUCUACGGCGUAGAAAGAGUAGCCACCGUAGUGAAUAACGGCAUACCUUUGUCAUCGAUGGGAGCGAGAGAAGGUGAUCGUGUAAGCAUCAAUACGAAAACGAGCAGCGGCAAAAGCAGCGAAGGGAAAGGCAAAGCCGCCGGACAGGAAAAAGCAAGACCUAAAGCAAAAGCUUGGCAGGCUCCUGUUUAUGCUGUUUCGGCUAACCCCCUAAGUCUCGGACUCGCGUUAAAUUUCGACCCACCCGCAAUGAGAGAUGAAUUUUCAUAA